AUGCUCCUCGAAAACACCGUCGUCCAGGGCGUACUCCCAACACUUCUCUUUCCGCUACCAUUCCCCAACAGUAGCGACCAUGGACUUCUCAAUAAAGUGUUCCACCAUACCAGAGACUUCUACCCCGUCUAUGUCACCGUCUACCAAUUCUCCAUCUUCAUCGGGCGCUCCAGCAUCUCCUUCUUCCGCCCGCCCGGCACGGCAAUCCUAUGUCUCCUCCAGGCGAUAAUCCUCACCCUCCAAGUCGCCGAGAGCCUCUCCAUGAGCUCGAACCUCCCCAACACGCUCUAUGGGCCCCCAGCGGUCCUCUGCGCCGUCGCAGCAAUGGGGUUGUGUGGCGGCUUCGCAUUCAGCGAGACCUACUGGCGGGUGCGGAACGGGGUUCUACCGAAGGGCGUGUGGAAGGAGCUAGGGCGCGCACGAGGCGGGUAUCACUUACUCGGUGGGAGUGGGGAGGAGGAUGAGGAGGGGGAGAGGGCGAUGCGGGAGUUUCUGUUGAGCGCGGUGGCGCCGCCGGAUACGGUUGCGGUACUAGUGGCGAGUGUGGUGGGGAUGAGGGUGCAGGGGGGGUUGUGUGCUGUGCAGGUUGCGGGCGGGAGGAUGUUGUGUAGGCAUAUGGGGGAGUAG